AUGGGAGUUUAUUAUUCUUUAAAUAAAGAAAAUGGUUAUAUUCAUAAUAAGAUUGUAAAAGGAAAAGUUAUUUCAAAUAUUCAUACAAACAAACGUAAACCUUCUGGAUCACGGAAAUAUUUACAUAAAUCAAAUUCUUACAUAAUAAAAGUGAUAAAUAUUACUGCUAACAACAAAAAUAUCUUAAACCAUAUGAAUACAAGUUCAGAAACUAAACCCAUAGAUAAAUCACAAAUCAAUUUCAUUUCCUCCAUGAACACAAGAGGAUGUAUUUCGCCUACUUUACCUAGACGAAAGUCACCAACACAUGUACAUGCUAAAAUCUUUAAUAGUUGUGUUCCACUAUCUGGUCUACGUCGAUCAUUAUCUCUUCCGAAACAGAAUAGUCUACUAAAUAAGAACUUUUCUCCUGAAUCAAGAUUAGGAAUACCAGGAUCAAAAUGUUUGUUAAGAAACAAUUCAAAGUGUUCGGCAGCAGAGGGAAAUGCAUCACCUGUUGGUGUUGAGCUUUCAUUUUCUUCUGGUAGUUGUUCUAAAGACCUGUUAAUGAAGUGGAAGAAUGGUAAGCAUGGUCAGUCGUCCCGAGAUAAACGCGAUAAGGAGUUUGACUAUGGUCAAGAUAAUCUUGUAUUCGAGAACUGCUUGGAUUGUAUCGAUGAUCAAACGACAAAUACAACCACUCUUUCCAGUGAUUACACGUCUUCUAUAGAUGACUGUUCCUCUAUUUUUUAUGAUCCUAUAUUGGCUAAACUUGAAGCAGAAUUGCCUGUUCCACCUCCUCCUCCACGUGCUUGCCCACCUUGGCUUAAAGCUGCUCUUGCAAAACAAGAAGCUUUAGGCAAAGAACCAGUAAAAAAAAUUGAUUUUAAAGAUAGAUGCUGUGUAUCAUCCUCGUUGCAAUUACCCACAUCUCAGUUGUCCCCUCUUCCAUGUGACUUGGAUCAACAUAAAGCUUUAAGCCUUGGAAAUAGCCGUUAUAAUGUUCGCAUUUAUCCAAUUAUACAAAAUGGAGUAAAAAUAAGUGAUACACACUAUUGGCUUCUCGAUCCCCCUCGAUCUAAAACGUUACGCGAUAAUUCUACACUUAUGCGUAGAGCAACUGAAUGUGUUCGUGUUCCUCCAUCUUCACCACUGGACAUUUAUUCUACAAUUGAUGGUUACACAAACAUUGACUCUACUAGUUUAUGUCCUCCAAACGAGUUACCACUGAAAGAUGUUAAACUGAGACGUGGUAAAUCUGAAAAUUGUAAAGAUUCUUUAAAGAGUUUCCAUAGAGAAUUAGUUUUACGUCUAAUGAAAGAAGUUCCACAAGCUACUGAAUCUGAAUGCCAAGCUGUACUAAUAGGCAGCAGUUACGACUAUGAAGAAGCUACUAGAAGGUUAAAAUUUGAAUUACUAUGCCGUAAAGGUUAUGUAUCUCGAUCACAUAGUAAACGUUUAUUACAUAAAUAUAAUUGGGAUUUAGAUGCAGCUAUCUCACGAGCUCAUUAUGAGUAUGAAUUUCGAAAGUUAAAACGUCAAGAAAAAAAUGAACGAAUGCUAUUUGAUGAUGAAGAUCAAUUAUCAUAUUUUAAUCGGACUAAAGAUUGUAGUAAAUAUUUAACACCUUAUUCAUCAACUUCAUCAGAUUCUUCUUUAUCACCUUUACCAUGUUCUAUUAAUCAUCAAUCAGUCAUUUCACCAUGGUAUGAUGAAGGUCGAAAAAGUAAUCUAUUUUAA